AUGUUAUCCGCAUUCACCGCGCGACCGCUGGUCGAGCUCAAACCACGCGACAAAUCCCGGAUCGACUCCGUUCUAGCCUACGGCGACCGACUCCUAACCGGCCUAAACAAUGGCUCACUCCGCAUUUACCGUGUGACCGACGACGGCAAGACCGAGCUACUCCGUGAACUAGAGAAGUUUGCCCGGUACAAAAUUGAGCAGCUAGCCCUAGUCAAAGAGGCACACGUCAUCAUCUCGCUUUCCGGAGGCUUCGUGAGCUUGCAUGAUUCCCAGAGCUAUGAGCUUCAGGAACAGCUUGCCCAGACGAAAGGCGCCUCUGCAUUUGCUAUAACCUCGAAUGUCGUCAAUGAUCCCGAUACCAAUGUUCCGGCUAUUGUUUCGCGGUUGGCCGUCGCGGUCAAGAGGAAGAUUUUGAUGUGGGUGUGGCGGGAUAUGGAGCUGGAGCCAAAUACCACGGAAUUGAGCCUUGUGAGCGGUAUUAAGACCCUUACGUGGGUGUCAGCUACGCGACUGGUCGUUGGCUUGGGAUCAGGCUUUGUGAUGGUUGAUAUUGAGAGUGGCCAAGUUACUGAACUGCCGAGUCCAGGGAGUGUGGAAGAGACUGGUCGAUUUACGGGCGUUGGCGCAGCAAGCAUGAGCUAUAUUGGAAUGGGAGGGAUGGUUCCCAAGCCACUAGCUACGAGGCUACGUGAGGGCCAGAUAUUAUUGGCAAAAGAUGUGAAUACGACUUUUCUUGACGUGGAUGGCCAGCCCCUUGGACGAAAGCAGAUUCCCUGGAGCCAUGCUCCUGUGGAAAUUGGUUAUUCGUAUCCAUUCCUAUUGGCUUUGCAUGAUACAGCUAAAGGGGUACUUGAAGUGCGAAACACAGAGACACUCUCUUUACUACAAUCAAUCCCUCUUCCUGCGGCAAAUAUCUUGCACAUACCUCAGCCGAAUAUAAGCCUUGCACAUGCUGGAAAGGGAUUCUUGGUUGGCAGCGAUCGUACAAUCUGGCGUAUGGAAGCUUCGAGCUAUGAUACCCAAGUCGAUACACUGGUCGAGAAAGGCUAUCUGGACGAGGCCAUUAGUCUCCUCGGGAUAUUGGAAGAUGCACUCUUGCGGGACAAGCCAGGUCGACUACGCUCUGCUCAACUUGAGAAAGCCCAGAGCUUGUUUGCGUUGCACAAGUAUCGAGAUUCUCUAGAUUUAUUUACAGAGGUUGCGGCCGCUCCCGAAACAGUCAUUCGUCUUUAUCCUCGCUCCAUUGCUGGUGAAUUCUCGGCGAUCCAAGAGCACGAUGGUCAAGACGGAUCAGAUCCCAGGAGUUCGGACCCAAAGAUCAAUGGAUCUCAAGCUGAUGGCUCUGUCGAGCCACAAGCUACAAAUGGAGCCAACGGAGGUCAUCUUUCAUCGCUCUAUGCGCCUUCAGUUCAGUCCUUGUUACGAAGGACUGACGAGAGCAGCGAGUCGAGCAGUGUCCGUGAUGAAGAAAAAGAUUUGAAAAACUCCGUUCGUGAACUUCAGGGCUACCUGGCUGAUGUUCGCCGACGUUUUCAAAAAUUCUUGGGUCAAGAUGGCACUCUCAAAGCUACUGCACCAACUGAAGCUCAAGAUGAAGCCAGCGCUUCUGUUUUAAAACUUCUCGAUUUCCCAGCACCCGAAGACUUCCUUACGGUGAUUCGGUCCAAAGCGCGCCUCGUCGAUACCACACUGUUUCGCGCACAUAUGUAUGCAACGCCAUCACUUGCGGGGUCUCUGUUCCGUAUUGCCAACUUCUGUGACCCGGAUGUAGUCAUGGAGAGGUUAGAGGAAACCGAACGGUAUAACGAUUUGAUUGAUUUCCUCUACGGCAAGAAGCUCCAUCGUCAAGCUUUAGAGCUAUUACAACGCUUCGGACAAGAAGAUUCAGGACCGCUCAGCGGCCCAACACGCACUAUCGCCUAUCUACAGAACCUUCCCCCCGAUCAAAUCGACUUGAUUGUUGAAUUUGCCGAGUGGCCUCUGCAAAUUAACCAAGAACUUGGAAUGGAGAUAUUCUUGACUGAUACCGAGAAUGCCGAAACGCUUCCACGACCGCAAAUUUUAGAAUUCUUACAGGAGGUCGAUGAAAAGCUUGCUGUUCAGUAUCUCGAGCAUGUCAUCAAUGAGUGGAAUGAUAUGAGUCCAGAUUUACAUCAGCGACUUUUGGUCCUAUAUCUCGACCGCAUUACAGCGAACGGAAAGGAUAUACAAACGAAGGACAAAUUCUUGGAAAUGCUCAAGGAGAGCGAGCAAUAUUCACCAGCCAAAAUCCUGGACCGACUCAAUCGUGAAGACCCCGAAUUCUACGAGGCUCGAGCGAUUGUGUUCAGCAAAAUGGGCCAACACCGCCAAGUACUUGAGAUCUACGUAUUCAACCUUGAGAAUCAUGAAAAGGCAGAAGAGUACUGCAACCAUGUACAUCUCGCAGAAACCACAGAAGAAAAAGAACCUGAACAAUCCAUCUAUUUAACCCUGCUGUCGAUGUACCUCUCACCACCACAUGGAUACCCAGCUCAGAAUGGUCCUGCAUUGGCGGUCCUUACUAAACAUGGCUCUCGGCUACCAGCAGAUUCAGCUCUGAGAUUAAUCCCUGCCACACUACCGGUGCAGGAGCUUGAAUUCUAUUUCAAGGGCCGAAUGCGAGCAGCAAAUUCCGUGUUCAACGAGGCCCGCAUUGUGGCAAGCCUGCGUAAGACUCGUGAUAUGCAGACCGAAGCCCAACUCACACUCGGUGAGAAUAUUCGUGGAGGUGGAACCCGAGCCCGGCAUGUUACCAUCACCGAAGAGCGGAUCUGUGGAGUGUGUCACAAACGGUUGGGAGGGAGUGUGAUCAAUGUGUUUCCCGAUAACACUGUCGUUCAUUUGGGCUGCGCAAACCGAGUUGCAAGCAUCGAGUCGAAAUAG